AUGACGCAACUCAUUCAGUCCAAGUCCAUCUACCACGGUCUUCCCGUGUUCCCUGAGGAUGUGGAGGGCCUCACCGCGAUCGUGACUGGCAGCAAUGGUAUCUCUGGAACCCAUCAGUUGAAAGUGCUGGCCGAAUCGCCUCGCCGGUGGAAAAAGAUUUAUGCUCUGUCGCGCCGACCGCCGUAUGGUACGUGGCCCGACCAUGUUGAACAUGUAUCGGUGGAUCUCCUGCAGUCGCCGGAGGAGAUUGCUCGGCAGCUCAAGGAGCGUGGAGUCCAUGCCGACCAUGUGUUCUUCUUCGCCUACAUACAGCCUGCGCCCAAGGAAGGCGGAGGUAUCUGGAGUGAUGCGGAGGAGUUGGUGAGAGUCAACACACAACUGCUCUCGAACUUUCUAGGAGGCCUGGAGCUGAACAAGACCAUCCCUAAGCGAGUGCUACUACAGCUGGGAGCCAAGUACUACGGAAUCCAUCUAGGUCCUGCGCUAUCCCCCCAGGAAGAGUCGGAUCCGCGAGUCUUGACCGAGCUUAACUUCUACUAUCCGCAGGAAGAUCGACUGCAGGAAUUUGCACAAAAGCAUAGCAUCGGCUGGAAUAGCACCCGUCCAUCGCACAUCCUGGGAGCAGUCCCUGACGCCGCGAUGAACCUGUGUUACCCAUUAACAAUCUAUGCGACCGUGCAGAAGCGCCUGGGCCAGGCAUUGGAAUUCCCUGGCGACAUAGCCGCCUGGGAGAACCCUGUGUCACUAUCCAGCGCUCAGGCCAACGCCUAUCUCUCGGAAUGGAUUGUGCUAACGGACGCUGCCAAAGACGAGAGCUUCAACGCUGCGGACGACUGCGCCUUUUCAUGGUGCAAAUUCUGGCCCAGGUUCGCAGAGAGGUUCCAGAUCCCCUGGAAAGGCCCUGAUGACAGCGACCGUGCGGCUUACCGCGUUAUCACGGGCCACAGUAAACCGCCUCGUGGAUAUGGACCGCCGGGCGAACUUCGGUUUCGAUUUACUCUGGUUGACUGGGCGAAGCGGCCGGAGGUGCAGAAGGCGUGGAAGGAUAUCGCGGAGGCACACGGGCUGCGGGAGAAGGUGCUUCGAGACGAGGAUCGGGUCUUUGGGUUCGCAGAUCAGGCGUUGACGUUGUCAUAUCCACUUCAGCUCAGAACUAACAUUGGAAUGAUUAGCAUGACCAAGGCGAAAAAGAUGGGUUACUUCGGGUUUGUAGAUUCGACGGACUCAUUUCUUCAGGUCGUGGAGGACUUCGUUGGGCUGCAAAUGGUGCCACCAGUGACGCCGUGA